AGACGCUUCGAUUCCUCUCUUCGCCAGGUCCACGCGGCCCAGCCUGAUCAUGUUGGACGGCCUGAAGAUGGAGGAGAACUUCCAAAGCGCCAUCGAGACCUCUGCCUCCUUCUCCUCGCUGUUGGGAAGAGCGGUGAGCCCCAAGUCCGUCUGCGAGGGCUGUCAGCGCGUCAUCUCGGACAGGUUUCUGCUGCGGCUCAACGACAGCUUCUGGCAUGAGCAGUGCGUGCAGUGCGCCUCGUGCAAAGAGCCCCUGGAGACCACCUGCUUCUACCGGGACAAGAAGCUCUACUGCAAGUACGACUACGAGAAGCUGUUUGCUGUCAAAUGCGGGGGCUGCUUCGAGGCCAUUGCACCCAACGAGUUUGUCAUGCGGGCCCAGAAGAGUGUGUACCACCUGAGCUGCUUCUGCUGCUGUGUCUGCGAGCGGCAGCUCCAGAAGGGUGAUGAGUUUGUCCUGAAGGAGGGGCAGCUGCUCUGCAAAGGGGACUAUGAGAAGGAGCGAGAGCUGCUCAGCCUGGUGAGCCCUGCAGCCUCCGACUCUGGCAAAAGUGACGAUGAAGAAAAUCUUUGCAAGUCAGCCCACGGGGCUGCGAAAGGGGCCUCUGAGGAUGGCAAGGACCACAAGCGCCCCAAGCGUCCCAGAACCAUCUUGACAACCCAGCAGAGGAGAGCGUUCAAGGCCUCGUUUGAAGUCUCCUCCAAACCAUGCCGGAAGGUGAGGGAGACUCUGGCUGCGGAGACAGGGCUGAGCGUCCGCGUCGUUCAGGUGUGGUUCCAGAACCAGAGAGCUAAGAUGAAGAAGCUGGCCAGGCGGCAGCAGCAACAGCAGCAGGAUCAGCAGAAUACCCAGAGGCUGGCUUCUGGAAGGAAUGCUGGGGGGCCGGGGACCACGGGUAUGGAAGGGAUCAUGAACCCCUACACGGCUCUGCCCACUCCACAGCAGCUCCUGGCCAUCGAGCAGAGUGUCUACAGCUCGGAUCCCUUCCGACAGGGGCUCACCCCACCCCAGAUGCCUGGAGACCACAUGCACCCCUAUGGUGCCGAGCCCCUUUUCCAUGACCUGGAUAGCGACACCUCCCUCAGUAACCUGGGUGACUGUUUCCUAGCAACGUCAGAAGCCGGGCCCCUGCAGCCCAGAGUGGGAAAUCCCAUUGACCACCUGUACUCCAUGCAGAAUUCUUACUUCACCUCUUGAGGCUUCCCCUGGAGAGCUGUGGCUAGGCUCCCAAAUGGAACCACCACAUUAUGUGAGGGGUCAGCUGGCUUUAGAACAGGGAGGCCAGGGAAGAGGUGGGUUGGGGAGGGAGUUUUGUCGGGGAUGCUGUUGUAUCAAUGAUAUGGUGUAGCUCAGCAUUUCCAAAG